AUGGGGAGAAGGAAGAGUUCAUCAUCCCAGUUCGGCGAGCUCAGCUCUGAAGAAAAAUUUACGACAUUGUUUUAUGGGUUCAGGAGCCAGUUGGCGGCAUACAUCAAAGAUGCUCGCAUCCAUUGGGCUUCUUUCUCAUUGGUUGUUGACGGGAGAGGUACAGAGGAAUGGAGAGGAGGUGGAAGAGGGAGGGGGUCUCGUAUUACUCUGACCGAUCAUCACGACGACGAGGACGACAACGACAACGGCGAAGGAGACAAGGAGGCGGAGGACGAAUGUAUUGGCAGGGCUGCCUGCAGGGUUGCAGCCAGCCCUGCAUGCUGCAGUCCGCCCUGCUCUACCAUCCCGACAGAGGCAGUAUAG